AUGGCCAGCGAGCUACCCAGCAGCCGUCAUGCCUUGGUGGUGACAUCCUUGUUCCUCACGCUGCCAUCGUUCCACGUCCAUGCCGCCGAAGUCGAAGGGAAAGCACCGGCUGUGCAACCUGGUGUCUUGAGGUUGAAGGAGACCCGAAUGUAUGCCUUGAGCUGGAAUGCCAGAGGUGUUCCCGGUGCACCUGCCCCGGAAGCUCUUGGGCCUACAGCAACAUCACCGGCCUUUGCUACGCCCGUUUUCGAGCACAAAUGUAUCAGCCAGACUGUGCUUGUCGAUGCAGACAGCUGGGCGCUUCCAUUCCCUGCGUGCGCUCGCGAGAAAUGA